AUGGCUAGACGAGAGAAUAAGUUAGUAAUAAAGUUCGGACAAGUAACACCAUCUUUUGCAAAACUGGUGCAGGAGUGCAGAUCGUACUUUGAGCCAGGGGUUGCAAAGAAUCUGAAAGAGGAAAAGAAAUGGAAGAUAAAGGAUUAUGUGCAACUUGCAAAGCACUUUACAGCCUCUCAUCUGUGGGUAUUCUCGCAGUCAGAGGAACACAACAAUCUAAAGGUCAUUUCCCUUCUAGAAGAGACAGGACGUACAUUUUACUUUAAAGUCACAAAGUACCAAGUUGGUCUGGAGAUGCUCCAAAAAGCAUUUGGAAUUGGCACCCGUAUGAACGGAUACUUUAUUGUCCCUAUUAAUAUUGACAAGACAGACCCAAUCAAUGGAAUGAUAGAUGAGAUAAAGAACAACAGCAAAGUGUCUCACUUGACUAGUCGAGUGAUUGUUAUUAAGAAGCUGUACGACAACAACUAUCUGUUCUCGAACUACAUGAUAAAGAAAGAAGAAAAGCCAGGUGCUGCAAACCAAGUAAAAGUAUCUCUUGUAGAGAUAGGGCCUGUAAUGACUGUAGAGCUACAAAAAAUCGAGAAGGGUAUAUGCAGUGGAGAUGUUGUCUACCACAGAUACAUUCACAAGACCCCUGAGGAGCUAAAGGAGAGAGAAAGAACAAUUAGAAGACGAGCAGAAGAGAAGUUACAAAGAAAGGCCCAGCAGGAAGAGAAUGUAAGAAGAAAGAAAGAGAUGAACGCAAGAAAGCCACUUGUGCCAGAGGAUCAGGACAGCAGUGAAACUGAGUUAGAUACAUCUGAGGAUGAGUCAGAGGAAUAG